GAGGUCCUGUCGACUCUGAAAUCUGUAAUCGACCCGGACCUAGGAAGCGACAUUGUUACACUGGGCUUCGUGCAGAAUCUCAAACUCGACGGCCGGGAUGUUUCCUUCGAUGUCGAACUCACGACACCCGCCUGUCCCGUCAAGGAACAGUUCCAACUCGACUGUCAACAGCUCGUACAGGAUCUCCCCUGGACCAACAAUAUCCAAGUCACCAUGACGGCGCAACCCUCCGUCCAAGAGACGGCCACUCUCGGCAUGUCGCAAGUAGGCGCCGUCAUUGCCGUCAGUUCCUGCAAAGGCGGCGUCGGCAAGUCUACCACCGCCGUCAAUCUAGCCUUUAGUCUACAGCGUUUGGGCGCCACGGUCGGAAUAUUCGACGCGGACGUGUACGGACCCUCCCUUCCCACCAUGAUUACGCCACAGGACGAUACCGUCCGCUUCGUGGGCCGCCAAGUGGCACCGCUCCAACGCAACGGCGUCCGUCUUAUGAGCUUUGGCUACGUCAACGACGGCAGCGCCGUCAUGCGCGGACCCAUGGUCACGCAAUUACUGGAUCAGUUCCUCAGUGUCACGCACUGGGGCGCACUCGAUUACCUCAUUCUCGAUAUGCCCCCCGGGACGGGAGAUAUCCAACUCACCUUGACGCAAAAACUCAACAUUACGGCCGCCGUCAUCGUCACGACCCCGCAGGAAUUGAGUUUUGCCGACGUGGUCCGUGGUGUGGAAAUGUUCGAUACCGUUAACGUACCCUGCAUUGCGGUCGUUGAAAACAUGGCCUACUACGAGUCGGCGGAUCCCGAAAAGAUUCAGAUUUUUGGCGCGGGGCAUCGCGACCGUUUGUCGCAACAGUGGGGUAUCGAACACAGCUUUUCCAUCCCCCUACUCAACAAAAUUGCCGCCAACGGAGAUAACGGUACACCGUUUGUUCUGGAAUUCCCCGACAGUCCUCCGGCCAAAAUCUAUCAAGAACUCGCGUCCGCCGUUGUGAGCGAGGUGGCCAAGACUAAAUUUGCCAAAUCGAUGCGUCCCAGUGUCCAGUACGAUGCCGAAUCGCACCUUCUCCAAGUAUCCCAAAAUGGCGUUGGUUCGACCGACGAGGAACACGUCGCCACGUUGCCACCAGCCGAGCUCCGACGGGCCUGCCGGUGUGCCGCCUGUGUCGAAGAACUCACCGGCCGACAAAUUCUCGUGCCCUCGUCCGUUUCGGACAAGAUUGCCCCACGCAACAUGGUCCCCACCGGAAACUACGCCUUGUCCGUCGAUUGGUCCGACGGACACCGGUCACUCUACCCGUACCGACAAAUUCGUGCCUUG